UUUUCUUUUUAAGGAUCUACGUGAGAAUGACCAUGAUCUUCUGUCUCUUAAACUUUAUAUCUGGAUGUCAAAGGAGCUGUAAUUUGGAGACUACUGAAUAUCCUCCUCCGUUAUGAGAAGACAUUCACCAACAGUCUGGAAGAAGAUUUAUCUGAGAAGAUCAAAGAGCAUGGAAUCCUUUAAUAAAACAGAAAACAUUUAAAAUUUCAGAAGCUUUUGAUUAUCUGUAUCUUAAAAAAAAUAAACAUGAACCGUUACACAAUCAUGAAACAACUAGGUGAUGGCACCUAUGGCAGCGUGUUGAUGGGGAAGAGCAACGAGUCAGGAGAACUCGUGGCUAUCAAAAGAAUGAAAAGGAAGUUCUAUUCAUGGGAUGAAUGUAUGAAUUUGAGAGAAGUCAAGUCUCUGAAGAAACUAAAUCAUGCCAAUGUAAUAAAAUUGAAAGAAGUCAUACGAGAAAACGACCACCUUUAUUUUAUAUUUGAAUACAUGAAGGAAAACCUGUAUCAGUUAAUGAAGGACAGAAACAAGUUGUUCCCCGAGUCAGUCAUCAGAAACAUGAUGUAUCAGAUAUUACAAGGGCUAGCUUUUAUCCAUAAACACGGAUUUUUUCAUAGAGAUAUGAAGCCUGAAAACCUUCUCUGUAUUGGGCCAGAACUUGUGAAAAUAGCAGAUUUUGGUUUGGCUAGAGAACUAAGAUCUCAGCCACCAUAUACAGAUUAUGUUUCUACCAGGUGGUACCGAGCUCCUGAAGUUUUGCUAAGAUCAUCUAUUUAUAGCUCACCUAUUGAUAUGUGGGCAGUUGGCAGCAUAAUGGCUGAAUUAUACACGCUAAGACCUCUUUUCCCAGGCACAAGUGAAGUAGAUGAAAUCUUCAAAAUUUGCCAAGUAUUAGGGACGCCAAAGAAGAGUGACUGGCCAGAAGGAUACCACCUUGCUUCUGCCAUGAAUUUCCGUUUCCCACAAUGUGUCCCUAUAAGCCUAAAAACUCUCAUCCCAAAUGCAAGCAAUGAAGCAAUACAGCUCAUGAGUGAUAUGCUGAAUUGGAAUCCAAAGAAGAGACCUACAGCGAGUCAGGCUUUGAAGUACCCUUACUUUCAAGUUGGCCAAGUUUUAGGACCUCCUCCGCAGUAUCUGGAGAAGCAGACUCCUCUUAAACCAGUUCAGCCAGCAGAGCCAAAGCCAGCUUUACCUAAACUAGAAUCUAUAUCCAAGCCAGAACCUCUCUCUUCACCUGAUGCAUCUGACAAAACACAGCCCCUGUCAAAGGUUAACCACCAGCCCCUCCAGCAAAUCCAGUUGCCUCAGAAUACAGCGAACCAGCAAGUACCAAAACAGCCGCAGCCACAGGCACAACCAUUUUUUCCAACAAUCAAUAAAAACUCCUCACCAAAACAAGCAGCUAGUGGCCCUCAGAAUGGUGCAGUAGGUCCUAAAAGCUGCAGAAGACGAUGGGGUCAGACUUUGGUAAAGACUGUUGAUAGCUGGGAUGACUUGGAUGACACCGAAUUUGGAAUGUCAUGUUCAAAGAAGCCUAGCAUUGCACCAGUAAAAGAAAAGAAAAACAAGGAAUGUCUUUUUAGUGUGCCAGAACCAAAAGCUUCAUGCUAUAUCCAGCCAGGAGAGGAAAAUAAGGUUCUGAUGAAAAAUGAUGCUGGAAGAUCAAAUACAUCAGCAAAACAGUACUAUCUAAAACAAUCAAGAUACCUACCUG